GCGCAUAAUGUGUGGUGCUUUACGUGGGAAGUGUCGAUGAAUUGUGAUCGGUUUUAUAGUGUUGUGACAGUCAAAACGUGAAUUAAUUUAAUUAAAAAAAUGGUGGUGGGCGCGAAGAAAGCCAUCCAGCAUGUUCCGAGCAAGGGAAAAAUAUCUAUUAGGAGGUUACAGAGUUUUACUGUUAAGAAACGUCGAUCUGUCAUCAGAGUGGUUUACGGAUCUCUCCUAGUUAUAGUCUCCGUGGUUUUGGCGGCAGUUGAUCCCAUUGAUGUGUUUACAAAUUGGUAUCUAGAUGUACAAGAAGGAAAAUUUAUAUAUCGAAUGUGGCAGAAUCCGACAUAUGAAGUAUUUUCUGACGUCUACAUCUUUAACUACACGAACACUGAGGAAUAUCUCAACGGCGAGGCCACGCAGUUUGAGGUUGAGGAGAUAGGACCUUUUAAAUUUCAGGAAUUGAGAACAAACGAAAAUUUAACGGUUUAUAAGGACCGCGGCGUGAUGACCAUGAAUCCAAAGACCGUGCUCAAGUUCCUCCCGGAGCAGUCAGUGGCCCAUUACAAGGACGUGAAGGUCAUGGCGCCGAAUAUCGCUCUAAUUGCAAUCAGUACGCUUUUAGCAGAUAACAUGGGUUACUUCGCGAACGUCGGAGCCUAUUACUCAAUAUCUGCCCUUGGAUCCAAACUCUUCAUAAAUAUCACAGCGGAAGGACUGCUUUGGGGCUACAAUGACCCCAUUGUGACGAUAGCAAGCCGUCUUCUACCUGGCUGGAUCGACUUUGGCAAGAUUGGAAUAAUGGAUAGAUUUUACGCCCAAAGAAAGGAACAAGUUGAAGUGGAACUGAGAAAUGUAUCGCAGAGAUUUUCAAUAAAAUCUUGGAACAAUCUGGAAGGACUUCCUGAGCAAGGAUAUACUGAUUGGAAUACGAGCAUACUCUGCAACCGCGUGAAAGGAACCUACGAAGGCCUAAUGUUACCUCCGAACAUUGACAAGAAUUUAGAUAUCCCAGUGUUCAGGAAGCAAGCUUGUCGCGUCUACCCAUUCAACUUCGUGGAAGAGAAAAGUGAACACGGAUUAAAUUUGUAUCGGUACAAAAUGGACGAUACAGCGUUCAAUAACACUUCGCCCUACGCUUGUACGUGCAAUCGUAACUGCUUACCUAACGGCUUCGUUGACAUCAGUAGCUGUUAUUACGGAUUUCCGAUAGCGCUAUCGAAGCCACAUUACAUGGAUACUGAUCCAGAGCAGCAAGCUUUCUUCAAAGGAUUCAAGCCAGACCGCCAGAAGCAUAUGUCUGUUGUUGAAAUAGAACCGACGUUAGGAGCCCCGAUAGCUGUGACGACGAACAUUCAAGUUAACAUUGCAGUCCGGACGUCCUCUGGAAAUCCUAUCACGAAACCUUUGAAAGACAAGGUCAUGCCGAUACUGUGGCUGUCACUGUAUUGCAAGCAACCACCUCCAGAGGUUCUCUACCUGCUUCGUCUCCGCUUAGUCAUCGGUCCCCCUCUGGUGAUCACCCUUGAAGUCAUACUCUUCAUCGUCGGUAUGUUUUUCGGAAUCCAGGGCGGUCAUCGUCUCUGGAGACCUAAGUAUAAGCUCGUCAAUACAAAAGAUACCAAUAAACAAAGAAAAACUAUAGAACGUAGGAAAUCCAGUGUCAUUUUAAAUAUGUCCGAUAAUAACGGCUUCAUCGAUGACCAGGAAUUGGCAAAGGAAGCUGUAUCCUUACUUGCCAUCACAGAAGAAGACGGUCAUAUACCAGACUUACUGUUAAACGAAUAAGCUUUAUCAUUAUACUAUUACAAAUAUAGUUUUUAACGAAAUGUAUUUAUUACAAAAACCUCAAUACUAGUUGAAAAUUUCUUUAUUGUAAUUAGUAUAAGUAGAUUGUUUUAAUGACCUUAUUGUAUGUUACUAUUAAUAACUGGUUGUAAUAUAUACUACUUCUAUUUAACUAAUUACAAGUAGCAUAUAUUUAUAUAGGAACAACUAAUACAAAUUGGUUCCCAUGGAUUUUGGAUAUGACGUUACUAUUUUUCGACUAACCGAGGAACUAUUUAAUUAAGCUAGUAUCAUGACGGGGCUAUACUAUACAUACGGUCAGAGAGAUAAAUAAUUGACAAUAGAUGCUUUUUGUAAUUUUAACAUUUUUAAUAACGAAUCUUUUAUAUUAGACUAGCAAAACCCGGCAAAUGCCGCCAUUUGUAAUGACGAUCGGUUUGGUAAUAGUUACAAAAUGCUAUAGAAUACUACUCCGUAUGUCCUAACUUUCGUACUCAAACAACAUCGAAGUUUAUUAAUCACCAAAACGAUUAUCAAGAUAAGAUCAAAAUCAAUUAAUCUGAUUUAAUAUAUAACAAAAAUUAUUAAUAUAACGCAAAAUACGUUUUAAAAUCCGUCCAAAAUUGUUUACGGGAAUUAUGGGUAUAAAUGUUAAAAAUUACUUGUUAAUGUAGGGUUAAGGUUUAUUCUUUUGAGAAAGUUUUCUUAAAAUAAGCUUAGUAAUAAAAAAUCGAUUUUCAUCGCUAUCGACACAACGUGACAAUGAACAACGACAAAUACUACUUGAUAUAUUAGGUCCUUACAUAUGAAAUUGGUGUUUUGUACGGGAGGAAUAUAAAGUCAAUUUUUUUUAUAAAAUAUAUUUAAUUAAUCAAAGUAUGCACCGUUGUUAUCUAUGCACUUUUGCCAUCUCAUAGGUAGUUCAUUGAUCCCUUUACUAAAAAAAACCAUGGGGGUGAGAAUCAAUAACCUCUUUGAAGGCGGUUUGGACUGCCGCAUCGGAGUUGAAUUUUUUUCCCUGUAAGAAGUUGUCCAAAUUCCGGAAUUGUCGCAGACAUUCCAAUUGUAGCUCAUCUAACUUAGUGGUUGUGUGUAGUCGUGAAGCAGCAGUGGCCUAGAGCGAUUGACCAAUCUCGGUUGUUUAGCAGCUAGUUCUUCCUUCAUGGUUUGCAGUUGCUGACAAUAGAUAUCUGCCGUAAUCGUUUGGCCAGAUUUUAGAAAGCUGUAGUGAACGACACCGGCGCUAGUCCAAACACUCACAAGCAACUUUUUGUGAGUCAAAUUUCGUUUAGGGCAGGAUUUGGCUAGGUCUCCAGGGUUCAGUCAUUGCGACGAGCGCUUCCGAUUAUCGUACAGUAUCCACUUUUCAUCACAAGUAAUGAUUCGAUUUAAAAUCCCUUCAUUAUUGUGUCGGUUGAGCAAAGUAACAGAGCAGUCGACGCAAUGUUUGCAAGUUCGAUUCACUCAAUUCAUGAGGUACCCAUCGUUCAAGGUUUUUUACUUUCCCGAUUUGCUUCAAGUGGAUUAAUACAGUUUUAUCACUUACCCCGAAGCCUGCAGCUAUCUAUGAAGCGCUUUGUGAUGGAUCCGCUUCCACAUUAGCCUUUAAUUCUUCAUUUUCCACUUUAGUCUCCGGCCGUCCACGGGGUUGGUUCUGAAGGUCGAAAUUUCUAGAACGAAAACGUUGAAACCAAAAACGUACCGUGCUUUCUUUUGCGACACCAGCGCCGUACACAUCAUUAAUCCUUCAAACUGUUUCAAUAAUGAGAAAAAAACAAAUGAAUGACUGUUUUCAAAAUUCAAAUGUACCAGCUAAAUGAAUUUAUAAAUUUUGGAUUUGGAAUUCUUAACCAAAGAGAUAUACUUCAGAUCAAAGUGGUCAGUACGACAAAACGCUAAUUUCAUAUGUAAGGACCUAAUAUUAAUUUGCGGCAUUUACUAUCGUUACUUAUAAUUCUUAUAAAUAGAUAAUUUUUAUUUAUCGCAAAAAUGUGGUCGUGGUCUCGAAUCGUUUCGUGUUUUACUUGUAUUUAAGAAAACUGACUACAUUUCAGUUGCUCAAUUGCUCAUAAUUUUUUUACAGAUCAUUUAUUUAUAUAUUAUGUAAUAAAUGUAACCUGAAUGUUUUGCUCAAUUAGACAUAAGCUGUCGAACAAUCUUUACAAAAUUUCUGGUUUUUGGAAAAUCUUUUAUAUUUGUUAAUCUAUUUGUAAUGAAAAAGUAUACAUAUGUAUAUGUAUAUUAUGCAUAUGCGUAUUAUUACUGACUAUUAGAAGGCACUUCAAUUUUUUUAACAGAACAAAUAGAAAACCGUUUUUAAACAACCCAACAACAUUUAUAAUUGUUUACUAAUAAUAAGCUCAAAUAAUAUUAACGAACAUAUGCCCAGACUGUUUGGCAGAAUGAAUGAAGUCAUUAAAUAUUGUUAUUCAGUGGGUCGAAAACGACCCCAUGGGCGGGUAAGGGUUAAAACAAUUGACCUAAAUGUAUUUGUAACAUAUUAUAUACAUAAGAAUUUCCAUUAGGUAAUACGAAAUGUCAGUAUUAAAUAAGUGGAAAGUUUGAAUAACAUAGUCUUACCGGUAAAUGUACAAAUUAACAACAUUAUCCAGGUUAAGUGCAAAUAGACAAUGUUAAAAAAUAUAUAUUUCUAUUAUAUAUUUUUUUAUUCCCAUCUGAAUAAUCUUAUAUAGUAAUUUAUUGUGAUACUACUUUUAAACUAUAUAGUUUAAUUUUAAGAUUUGUAAAUAUAGACUG